AGAGUAGCCAUGUAAAAUAUAUUGACUCCAGCUCUUCUGAUGUUUCUUCAACAUUCCAACGCCGCUUGUAAAAAAAGGAACCUUUUUCGCGUUGCAAUUCGUCUCAUCACACCCUUCCGCACCAGCAACGCAGAAAAACACGUAACAUAAAACGAGUCGCCUAUUUCAGCUUCUUCUUGGGGCGUAGCUGGUUGGACACUUGCGGCAGAUGUUCUUCUCGCAGUUGUACUUGGAAGCGAGGGCCUUGAGGGAAGGCUCGAUGAUACCACCACGGAGACGGAGGACAAGGUGGAGAGUGGACUCCUAUAUCGUUGGAAAAAGAGUAUCGUCAGUCGACCGUUCAAUUCAUUCCAGGCCAAUUCCAUCCGUAAAGAUUCAAGAAAAUCUCCCCCUCAUUGUGACGGAGGCAAUAACGAUAAUUUGCGCCAUAAUUGUUGACGCAAAGAUACCUGCAACUGCCCCGCCCAACGCGUAUCCCCAAAGCAAUUCCUUCCGCGAAUUCAAAAUCGGUGUGAACAGUUGCCUCAUACCUUCUGGAUGUUGUAGUCGCUCAGAGUACGGCCAUCCUCGAGCUGCUUGCCAGCGAAGAUCAGGCGCUGCUGGUCAGGGGGAAUACCCUCCUUGUCCUGGAUCUUGGUCUUGACGUUGUCGAUGGUGUCGCUCGACUCGACGUCGAGGGUAAUGGUCUUACCCGUCAGGGUCUUGACGAAACUAUUGUUCAAAAGAACAGUCAGCAGAUGUUCCUAUUCCGUUUUCAUUGUCGGGUUUCUAAUUU